UAGCCCGUGUUCACGGUGGUUCACGGUGGCCUUGAUAGAACAUUUGAUUUCUUGAGCAGUGUACUUAAUUCGUGUGUGAGCUACUCAGCUCGCCACGUUUCAACGCGAAGUCGUCUUGAUGGAGAAGACGGCCUCCUGGUGUUCCAGGAUCUUCUGGCGCCGACACUUCUAGAAUCUUUCCAUCUGGGAUAUUUUGUAAAAUCUCUAACCUGUAACCUUACUCUCUUGAUAUCCUGCUAACAACCUUGAAGAACAUUUACGAAGACAUCAUCUUCAAGCUUCUCAUCUAGACCUGAACAAGUGUUGCCAUAGAAGCUUCUUCAAUAUCUGCAUAGCAGGCAGAUAGAAUUCUGUAAAAUGAGGGUUGCUAUAACACUCAUUGCUGUACUCCGCAUACUCUGCCUCUUCUGUGGUGGAGUACGAGCCAGCGGCGGGGCCCUGGACUCUGGUGCAAGCUUUCAGUCCAGUACCCCGCCGCCAAAGCUUCCAGCCUUUUCCAGCAGCCUUACCGAUGGACUGGCACAGGCUGUAGCUCACGAAUCAGGUACUGAAACAUGCAAUGAUGACUUGGCAUGUUUGACGAUGGCUUCUCAUGAUCGUCUUGGUCUGGAGGCAAUAAAAUCACUGCACAGUCAAUUGGAUGAUGAUGCUAAUGGAAACGUUGACCUCUCGGAAUCGGAUGAUUUCUUGAGGGAGGAACUUCAAUACGAGGCUGGUUAUGAACGACGCCAAAGAGCCUUUCACCAUAAUGAUGAUAUGCACAUAAGCGUUCGAGAACUCUGGGAAGCUUGGUUGCGUUCGGAGGUUCAUAACUGGACCAUUGAGCAGACUUCCGAAUGGCUCACGAGCAAUGUCGAGCUUCCGCAAUACGUUCCGACUUUUAUACAACAUCGUAUCACUGGAGCAACACUGCCCAGACUUGCAGUAAACAAUAUGCAUUAUUUGAGCAACGUACUUGGAAUUAAGGACCCAAUUCACAAGCAGAAAAUUGCCUUGAAAGCUAUGGACGUGGUUUUGUUUGGUCCUCCUAAAGACUCGGGUCACAGUUUGAAAGAUUUGGUGCUGAUAACGCUUCUCUUCGGCGCUUUAAUUGGCUGCUGGUAUGCUUAUCAGCAGAAAAAGAACUCGCAAAAACAUUUGCUUAGAAUGAUGAAGGAUAUGGAGAGUCUCCACAAGGCAGAGCUUGCCUUGGAGGACUUGCAGAAAGAAUUGGAGAGGGCAAGGUUGGAGCAGGAGAGUGCAGCUACCGAAAAACAGAACCUAGAGAAGCGGCUUCAAGAUGAGAGCCUAGGAUUACAUACUUCUUACUCCGAUCUGGAGGUUUCUCAACUAAAAGCCGAAAUAGAGAUGUUGAAAAUGGAACUUCAAAGAGCAGAAGGUGAACUCGAGGAUCGCUGCUGGUCUCCGCCUGUCGGUCUUCAACAUUGGUUACAGUUAACGCAUGAGAUAGAAAACAAAGCCUACACUAAGAAAAAGAUUUCUGCCGAGAAGCAGUUGCAACAAGCGCGAGAAGCUUGUGAAAAAUUAAGAAAGAAGCGGUCGAGCCUCGUUGGCGCCUUUGUUUCAACACAUGGGAAAUCAAUCGACGAAGUUGACAAGAGUAUCGUGGAUGCUAGAACAGCUCUGAACGAGGUCACGGCAGAGUUACAGGAGAGAGUUCAUCGCUGGAAGCAGAUCGAACUACUAUGCGGCUUCAACAUCAUCAACAAUAACGGUCUGAACUAUUUGGAAACGAUUCUCUAUAGAGGAGCGCCCAAUGGCCGAAGCCUUGGGUUUAGAGGUCGAAUGAGCAGCCAGGACGACCUAGACGACGAAGUGAGCUCGGUUUACUCGCCGACGUCUACAGGUUCUGCAGCAGGUUCAGCUUUGUUUCAGCGCUUUCAAGAACUACAUGGAAGAAUACUCCAGUGGAAAAUCAGCAAGGAAUUCAGAGUAGCAGCAACUAUGCCGGAGAGUUUCACCUGGAAGGAAUCGUCUGUUCCACCGGACUCGUCGGGUAGCGAGACUGGAAAGGAUACUCCACCGGAAGCAGUACACUUCACAGUGGGUGGCGAUGUCACCGAGGAGAUCAGUCCGCCUGUCCGUCCUAACCCUCGCGACAAGGCAGGCAUGGUCAGAUCCUACAGUCAGGACACGAACAUGGUGAUCGAGGAGAGGUCCUCCGGGCUGUCGAAGACGUCCUUUUCCGAGAAUUCCCUCGACUCAUCGGACAGCAAGAGGAGAUCAGUGAGGAAGUCGAUGAAGGAUCUACCUACGGUGUACUCGGUAGACGACGAGACCCUCAGCACCGACUCGAACUCCACCGCCGACAACGACGAGCUCAAGCGACGUCGCCGUAAACUCCACUUUCCCGGAUUCCGCAAAAAUAAGUCAAAGCUAACGUGAUCCCUCUGAAAACCCUAGUCGUGCGUAGGUGUGCCUUUGCGGAUGGAUAGGCGAGGGAGACGCGAACAAGGAUUGAGAGAACCCGAGAAGGGGAUAGAGAGAGUGCUUUCAUGGGAAAGAGUAGAAUUAGCCCAGGGGCGUCCUCCACAACGCACUCGUUGUCGUCCUUCGAAGGGUUCAUUCGCAGCUAGUGAGAGUCUUCCGCAUGCGGUCGGUCGGUCGGUCGGUCGGUAUCUCUCGCAUCAUUCCUCACUCUUAUUUCUUUGUAUGCGCAGCGCCCAAGUAUUACAAAAUUAUUCCAACAUACGCAAUGAUCUUAUUCGAUGUAACUCGGUUUCUGAUCAAUUCCUCUUUUUCUUUUUCUUCUUUCUCUAUUUCCAUCUUUCUUUAUCUUUUGCUCUAUCUGACUAGAGCAGCGCACAAUGUUCAUUGAAAUUCCUUAAAUUUCAAAAGAGAGACGCUCUACCGGCCGCGAUUGGGAUUCUAGUUAACAAAUCGAAUAGAGCGAAAUGACAAUACAAAAUUCGCAAAUUUCCAAAUAAUUGCCUGAUUCUCUGUUUAGGCAGAACUACACGGAACACGUGGGGGUGUCUUAUUUAAUGUUCUGUUCGUAAUAGACGUCUCUUAUUUUUGUCUUUACACUUAAUCUUUUUUCCGUGUCCCUUUUUUCUUAUAAAAAUCUAUCGAAACUCUUUGGUAUUAUCGUUAUUACUUUUGAUUAGCAUAAAACAUACAAUUAAUAAGCACGAGUAUAGGAACCUGAUUGCACGUAAAAGAAUCAACUUAAAUAUUUUAUCCCGUUUGAAAAAUCCAAGAUCGAUCGAUCCCAUCACCUGCCACCAAGCCUUGCUAGCCAAAGCCAGUAACAAUAGAGGAAUAUAUUUUUUUUUUUUUUUAAAGGAUUAAAAGUCUAUGUAAUAUUCCUCUUUAGGACUUUCAUGAAAAAGAGCAUCGUAGCAGCGUAUAUAAGUAACGAAGUUCUAACCCGUAAGACCCUUUAAUCGUUCGAUCUUUGGAAGUAUCUUUUUCGAAUGGCUCGACCGAUCCGUGUUCUUCCCAAUUUCUCAAAGUCAUUGCGUUGCCAGGUGUUAAUGUUAAUGAUGGCUGCGCUUUGCUUUGUAACACGUCAAGGAUAGUUUCUCAGGUUGUGUCUUUCGUAAUUAGUCUCGUCGAGCCUAAUUGAUGAAGCGAUAAGAGGCGAGUGAGCCGGAUUAAAUAUAAAAUGAUCGGGGGCACGUCGCGUCCGCGCACGGAAUUGCUAUUUUUGCUAAAACAACAAAUAAAUAAGAUGUUACUAUAACUAAUACAAAUUACUUAAGCCGACAAUGAAUGUCGAGCAACGCGACGUGUCCUGAGCCGUCGUGACGGUGAUUACCGGUCGACCGGUUCGCUCUUAUAGUUACUUACACUUUAGCUACUUUAGCAAAUCGACCGAUAUUAAAUUAUUCCUAGGAUUAAUAACAUUGAUAGACUAAUUGAUUCUCAAGCAAAGUGUCUUCCCAGUAAAAGAGAGAGUGAAUAACUGGAUGAGCGCGAGUGUGGGCGAGAGGCGUGAACGUGACAAUUUUUUUCCACAGUAAUUAAGAAAAAAAAAUAUAGGUAAGGGC